AUGAAAGUUUCAAUUAUAGUUGCAGUUUCAAAAAAUAAUGUUAUAGGUACAAAAGCCGGUGACAUUCCAUGGGAAUUACCAAAAGAUUUAAAACAUUUUAGAGAUACAACUCAUGGUUUUCCAUGUAUUAUUGGUAGAAUUUCAUUAGAAGCAUUUGGAGAUUUAUUACCAAACAGAUUUAAUAUAAUUGUUUCAUCAAAAAAAGAAUUUAUUAAUAUUAGAGAGAAAAUUGCAAUUAAUUUACCAGAAUAUGAGACAGGUAUAACAGAAAAGGGAGCCCAAUAUGUUAUUGUAAAAAGUGUUAAAGAAGCAGUUGAUUAUGCAAAAGAUAUAUUGAAAACAGAUUUAGUUUAUAUUUGUGGUGGUAAAGGAAUUUAUGAGGACUCACAACAAUAUUCACAUGAAUUAAUUAUCACCGAUGUUGAUGUUCAUAUUGAAGAGAAUGAUGUUGUAAUUUAUAAUCCAUUCCCUUCAAAUGAUGAAAGAAAUAAAUGGAAAGUUGUAAACCAAAUUCAUCACCCAAAAGAUCAUCAAAAUAAUUUAGAUUUCUCAAUUACGUAUUAUGUUAAAAAUGAAGAAAUAUUAAUAGAUUAUAAAGUUGAAAAUCAAAAUUAA